UACACAACUCGAAACCAUCAGUCUGAACUUUGCAGCUUGCUGUCAGCUCGGACUCUGGCACUGCUCGACACUUUGCUUAGGCAUCAGAAAACACAACCAGUAAUUGAAAUCAGGACAAUAACUCCGUGCACUGUUCAAUCUUUUAUGGGAUUAUUCUUCAAGACUCUUGCAUCUUGUGCGUCCCGAAUAUUUUGCAGCCGAGACUUGAGCCCAACCCGAGUGAAGGUCAAUAUCAGAAACUGGUACGCAGAAAAUAUUUCGCCUUUCCCCCACUGGUUUAUCAUCUACACCUACUCUCCGGCUUAGACGUGGACCCGCCAUCAUCUUCAGGUCGUUGAAAAGAGGAUGCUGAGAAUCCCGCGCAUGGCGAUGAUGAGGGAGUGAGACUCUGGCAUUGCAUCAGGAGGAAGCAAGGAGAAGCAGGAAGCAAACAGCAACAGAGAAAAAAAGAGAAGAGAAAAGAAAGAGAGGAACAAGGAGAGGAGGGGGAGAGUGGAGUCCACCUGUGCCAGUGCCAGCACUCAGCCUUCGUUGUGGAGAAAGAGGAAGAUAGAAGAAAGUGUACGAGUAGGAGGGGGAGAGAAGAGGGAGACGAAGAGAAGAAAGAGAGGAGGAGGAGAAAGAGAGGACAAGAGAAUAGUGGAGAAGAGGAGAAAGAGGAGAGGUGAAAGAAAGGAGUAGAAGACGGAGGAGAGAGGAAAGGGAAGAGAAGCAUAUAUACAAGAGAGAAAGAUAGAAGAAAAAGAGAAGACAAGAAAGAGAAGAGGAGGAGAAAGAGAGGAGAAAGAGAGAGGAGUGGAAGACGGAGGAGGGAGAGAGGGGUGUUCAAGAGGGGUAGCGACGGCCACCUCUGCCACUGCCGGACUGGAUGGUCCGCCCCGUCCACGCCGCCUGGACCCGGCUGCCCCAGAGAUGGCCUCCAACUUCAACGAUAUAGUCAAGCAAGGCUACGUGCGCAUGCGGAGCAGGAAACUGGGGAUCUACAGGCGCUGCUGGCUCGUCUUUAAGAAGUCGUCCAGCAAAGGCCCCCGACGCCUGGAGAAAUACCCGGACGAGAAGACAGCCUACAUAAGAGCAUGCCCCAAGGUAACGGAGAUAAGCAAUGUGAAGAAUAUCUCUCGGUUGCCGCGGGAUACCAAGCGGCAGGCGGUGGCCAUUGUCUUCACCGACGACACAUCUCGAACAUUCACUUGCGACUCAGAGCUGGAGGCAGAGGAGUGGUUCAAGACGCUGUCCAUCGAGUGUCUGGGUACCCGCCUCAAUGACAUCAGCAUGGGGGAGCCAGACCUGCUGGCAGCCGGCGUGCAGUGCGAACAUACAGAGCGCUUCAACGUGUUCCUGCUACCGUGCCCCAACCUGGACAUCUACGGGGAGUGCAUGAUGCAGAUCACCCACGAGAACAUCUACCUGUGGGACAUCCACAACCCCCGCACCAAGCUCGUCACCUGGCCCCUCUGCUCCCUGCGCCGCUACGGACGAGACGCCACGCGCUUCACCUUCGAGGCCGGCAGGAUGUGUGACAGUGGCGAGGGCCUGUACACCUUCCAGACGCGCGAGGGGGAGCAGAUCUACCAGAGAGUGCACUCCUCCACCCUGGCCAUCGCAGAGCAGCACAAGAAGGUCCUCAUGGAGAUCGAGAAGAACAGGCUCCUGUCCAAAGGGUCGGAGGCAGUGUCCUAUCCCUGCACCCCGACGGCAAUCCUCCCCCGCAGCGCCUUCUGGCACCACAUCACUGGCAGCCAGGGGGACCCCGCCAACGGUGACUCAUACGUUGGAGGAGAAUCAGGAGAGGAUGAAACAGAUCUGUACGCCACCCGAUUACUCCCCGAUCGACACUCCACGUUACCCCUGAGCCACGGCAAACACCCCCCUACCCCCUACCACACCUACCCCAGCCAAUGAGGGGGUAUUUGUCCACACAACCUCUACUACCCUCCUCAGUCCUCACACCAAUCUUCACUGCACUUCACCCUACGACACUCCAUGCCAUGCACCCCAUGUUCUAUGUCACCCCACCCGUCUCAGUACUCCAGUCCUACCAGGAUCAGGAUUACCAAUGACCUGACUCUCAACCAUUCAGCAUUGAGGCCUAUUGGGGCACGUUCUAUACACCCUUAAGUUGCGGUAGAGGUACAGUGCUUUAAGAGAAGACGUUGAGACGUUUGCGAGACUUUUUAACGACACAACACAACAACAGAGGUUGCCUUGUAUGUUUGUUUGCCUGUUUGCGGAACUCCAAUUCCCAGAAGUCCUCAAGUGGGAUGUAAUGGCAGAUGCUUGCCAGAUUCUGUGCCUCUCAUUCUAUGCAUGCCCCCAAUGGGAUGGGCAUCACGGCUGUUUUAAUGGAAGUGGACAAUUUGACUGGACAGGGGUGGCCUCAUUGAAUCUACUCUCCAAAAUGGCGUUUUAAGUAGUCACUCCUCGAUCUGCGACCUUACACGGGACAAACCUCCAAUCUAACCUCACGCCAGCUUUUUAGCAACAUAGAGUCCUCCCGUUGACCUCCCUGACCAAACGGCCCUCUCUUAGCCUCUUCUCUCUAGCAUGAUGUAACAGCGUGUCUCACCCACGAAGCAAUUCACACACACAGCCAUGACCUCUGUCUUAGAUAGACAACCCCAUUAGGGUAUUCCUCGAUAUGGUGAGGACACACCUGGACCAUUGUAAGGCCAUUCUGUUGACUAUGGAUUGAGAACAUGAUAGUCCUUGACACUUACACACUAAAGACACUCUUGCCUUUGUCAGACUUUGCCUAUUUUUCUACACCGAGCUGAUAGUGUUGGCCAGACGAGCCUGAUCGAACAAAGAGUCCACAAAGAGAAAAGAGGGAGAACAAGUGGGCAAAUGACCUUGUCCUGUUGACGGAUGACCUUGACCUGUUGAAGAGCAAGACAUUUUGUGCUUUGCUUUCAAGAAUUCACAUGUGCAAAGUUGCACAGCUCAAAAAAACUCGAUAUCGGUUGCAUUUGUCGACAACGAAGAUGAUGAUGACGACAGUGACCUGGUGAAGGAAAACAGCCUCCCCGUCUGGGGGAUGGGCAGCUCUUCCUGAAGGUUGUGACGUUCUAUGAGCAGACCAUUUGAAAACAUUUAGAAAACUUAGACUAACAAAAAACAGCGAUGAACAGUUUUAAAGUUCCAGAUCAAAAUACUAUAUCUCCCCCCUUUUUGUCAUCUCUCUUUCAGCUUGUCUUUUCGUUCAAGGGUGCUCUCCUCGGAAUGGAACUCCAGAGCUGGUGUGAAUUUGAAUUUUCCCCAUGCUGUGAUUGCAGAUUGAAAGAAAAAGUUGAAACAAGAUUUUUUUGGAUUUGAAUUUAAUAAGCUUUGCAAUUGGGUUGUGGGCCUUAAUACUGAGAGGUCUUAAGUUUGCACUUUGUGUGUGUGUGUGUGUGUGU